AUGCAAGUGCUCAACGACAGCUCUCUGCACAUCGCGCGACUCGGCGUCCAGCACAUGGGUAGCUACCACUGUCAUGUGCGGCACAGAGCUGGCAACUUGAAUAGCCGACCGCCAUACGUCAUCCAGUUUGACUGUGAGAUAUCACACUGUCCUCAUUGCUGCGCUCCACAUUCACUUUUAUGCAUCGCUAGAUUUGUCCAAAAAGCAAUCACUGAAUCUACAUGA